GUCCUGCUGGCGCGAGGGUGGGGAAGGGGAGACGCAGGGACUUGGCCCCCACUGCCGCGCGCACUCCGCCUGCAGCCGCUGCCCCGUGGCGGGUUCAAAAAACAGAAAGCGCGUUUGCUGCCCGGCGGACAGGCGUAAAGAGCAAGGGAGAGAAACCCUCCACCUUCAGGCCUGGAGCCCUUUUCCUCUGCACCUCCAGUGUCUGAGUGAAGAUGGGGGCCCUGACAGCCUCGGACGUGCACCCGACCCUGGGGGUCCAGCUCUUCUCCGCUGGAGUGGCGGCCUGCUUGGCGGACGUGAUCACCUUCCCGCUGGACACGGCCAAAGUCCGGCUCCAGGUCCAAGGCGAAUGCCCGACAUCCAGUGGUAUUAGGUAUAAAGGUGUCCUGGGAACAAUCACCACUCUGGUAAAAACAGAAGGGCGGGUGAAACUCUACAGCGGGCUGCCUGCCGGCCUUCAGAGACAAGUCAGCUCCGCCUCUCUCAGGAUUGGCCUCUAUGACACGGUCCAGGAGUACCUCACCUCAGGAAAAGAAACAACACCUAGUUUAGGAAGCAAGAUCUUAGCUGGUCUAGCGACUGGAGGAGUGGCAGUAUUCAUUGGGCAACCGACAGAGGUCGUUAAAGUCAGACUUCAAGCACAGAGCCAUCUCCACGGUAUCAAACCUCGCUACACGGGGACUUACAACGCCUACAGAAUAAUAGCAACAACCGAAGGUUUGACAGGUCUUUGGAAAGGGACUACUCCUAAUCUGACAAGAAGUGUCAUCAUCAAUUGUACAGAGCUAGUAACAUAUGAUCUAAUGAAGGAGGCCUUUGUGAAAAAUCACAUAUUAGCAGAUGACGUCUCCUGCCACUUGGUGUCAGCUCUGAUAGCUGGAUUUUGCGCAACAGCUAUGUCCUCCCCAGUGGAUGUGGUCAAAACCAGAUUUAUUAAUUCUCCGCCAGGGCAGUACAAAAGUGUGCCCAACUGUGCAAUGAAAAUGUUCACUAAGGAAGGACCAACGGCUUUUUUCAAGGGGUUGGUACCUUCCUUCUUGCGACUCGGAUCCUGGAACGUCAUUAUGUUUGUGUGCUUUGAAAAACUGAAACGAGAAUUGUCAAAGUCAAGGCAGACUGUGGACUGUACCACAUAAUCAGCUUCAAGAAAAUGUUGUAACAUACCAGUGGGAAUCUUGCUAACUGAAUCAUUUAAACGAACAAAACUUAUUCACUUAUUUUAACCUAAAAAGAUAAAGGAAUUUUGGUACAGA